AUGGUGAGAAUUAGAGGAGGGUUUGUGAGUGCCGAACGCACUUUUAGGCUCAGAGAUGAAGAGGAUGAAGAUGUUCAAAUUGUCGAACCUUCCAUCAAGUCACCCAAAAAGAAAACUGAAAAUCGUGGUGGCAAAACGAAGCAGUCUGCAAAGAAAAAACAGACUGUUCAAACCAGAGAACCAUCUGUUGAACCAACUGAUGAACAGAUGGAGGAGCAACAAUCUGUAGAGCAUCCAGCUAGUGGCAAUGAAGAGGAACUGGAGCAGCCCACCAAUGAAGAUGUAACCGUCAGGAAAUCACCCAGGAAGGGAAAAAAGACCACCAAAAGGAAGAGCAUUGCUCAACCCAAGGAAAGGGAAACUGCUGAUCUUUCAGGGAAACAGAAGGAUACAGAAAAAUUUGCUGAGGAACGGCAAACUACUGAACCAUCUACCAGGAAGUCACCAAGGACGAGGUCUGGUGUCCAGAGUACUGUGCCAACUACUCAUCGUACUGGAAAGAGAAUGCGUCCUGAAAAUGAGCAACCUGAGACUCAAACUGCAGAGGAACCCACUCCCUUGCCCAAGUUCAUUGAUGAUGAUGCCAGGGAUAGGUUCGAAUGGAUCUUGCAGAAAGGUUUCAUCACUCAGAGGACCAUCAUCCCUUACGAAUUCCAGUCUAGGAGAAAGAACCUUCAUGAAACUCCUGUUACCCCUAGAACCCUUCGUGAUCAGUCCAUGUAUGUGUCAUCCUUCACUAUCCAUUCUAGAAAGUCAGCCACCAAGUCUUUUUUAUCCAACCUUGAAGUCAUCUCUCUGCUUGAGGAUCUCAAACAACACGUCCUACUCCUUGAAGAUGGUCUGAUGACCACCAUGACAUCCGAACAACAAGUCACCUUUAUUGUUAAAAGGAAUCUGCUUGUACCUCCAAUUUCUCAAGAAAAUGAAAAUGCACACCAAAAGGAGUCCAGAACUGAGCCAACUACUAAAACUACCCCAGAGUAUCGUGCCUCAAGUUUUCAGUCACAGAACAAAGGAAAAGCUCCAGCAACUGAAGAAGAGAUUGAAGAGAAUGAUGAUGAUGAUGAUGACGAGGACAUUGAAGAGGAAGAAAAUCAUGCUCAGUUUCGCUUAGCAAGGAGAAGGUCUGGAUCCUCCAAGAUCACCUUUUAG